AUGAGUCAAGACCGUUCAAACCUCGGCUACUGCGAUACCUAUGAUGUUGGCAUGGCCUACACCAGCCCAAUAAACAACGAAGGCCUGCAGAUUGGUCAGCCUGUCCACUCUCCUCCGCAAACCCGGUCUUCGAUGCCUGUCAGCCUCGCGGCAGUCUCUCCUACUAGAUCACAGUGGACCGGACAAUACUAUCCUCGUCAUGAAGGAUGGUGCGAGCGCGAUCUGUUGUCAUCGAGCGACAUUGUAUCAGAGACAAGCGUCUUUGACGACAGUGCCACACCCAGUCUGCACCGAUCAGACUCGGGCGACUUUUCCGAGGUUUGGGAACAAGAGCCUCCCUCGGUACCCUUCUCACCAUCUCAUGGGUUGCUUGACAACAUCGGAAGUGGCUUUCCCUUUCAACUUCCUCCAUAUGUCGCCGUCAGCCCAGAUGGUACCAUCCAACAGUAUGCGUCCAUGUUCAGCGAAUUAGAGAUUACUGAUUCUCUUCCAUCACCUACUGUGCUUGAUGCGCCUUCGCGUGCAGAUGUUUGUUGUUCGUCUUUCUCGGACUCCAGGAUCAAUACCCAGCAAUCAUGCAUUCAACAGCCUCAUGAACAAUCUCUUCCGGGUAGAUCCAGAAAAGUACGACAGGCCAAAGAACCCGAGGAUUGCCUUUCAAGGAGACCGGCACGUGCAAACAGCAGCAAGGCACGUCUGUUCUGUGAAGCCUGCCGUGAUAGCAAGGACUACUCUCGCGGGUUUCGUGGUGAGCAUGAGCUUGCUCGUCACUACGCGCAAAAACACACCAAGCACAAGAAGGUGUGGAAGUGCUUUGAUCUCAGUCCAGAUCGUCUGAUGCGUAAUUGUGAGAGGUGCAAGACUGGUCAUCAGUACGGCACCAGUUAUGGUGGCGCCGAACACUUCAGACGGAAGCAUACUGGACUGUUUGGCAAGGACAUGAUGGAGCUGUUGCGAGGCAAGAAUCAGCGCUGGGCUUUAAGCAGUAACCGUCUGAUUGAGGAAGGAUGGCUUCGUCAGGUGUUUGUUCCAGGUGAUGGUGAACCAUACCUGGAGCAAGAAGAGCAUGUUGCAGCCGUCAUGCACACGCCUCUGUCUUUCAAUAGCAGUCCUCAGGAGAUAAGUCUCGAUGGUGGAAUGUGUAUGCCGCAUUUGCAGACCUUCCAUCAGCCGCAGGUGCCGAUGAAUGAUGCCAACUUGGCUUGGGCUCAGCAUCCGCAUCAGCUUCAGCCUUACAACCAUCAGUAUCUGCGCCAAGGUCAGCAGCAGCAGCAGCAGCAUCACCACCAGCAACAAUGGCAUACAGAUAUGCCUUGA